CGUGGCAGAGCAGUGGGCAGCUGACCCGCGACUCGGAUUACUGCUGGCAAUCAGUAGCAGAUCAGCCGUGAUAGUUGACGCGUUCUUGAAAGAAUUCGACCGUGCAGGGACUUUGUUUGAGUACUUGCAGAUAUACGACGAACAAACGCGUCUUAACAUAUGCAGGACAUAUGUUCGAUUGUUGGUUCUUGACUCAUUAUCGAAACGAAGUGAAUUUUUGACCUUCAGUAUGCUAGGGUUAAUACGCAGAACUGAUGUGUUUUAUACCUCACAUUGAUCCACACGGCAGAGAAUGCAGACAGUUUGGAUGUUGCUGCCUUAUGUGUCAGAAUAAGUGAAUAAACGCUGUGAGCUUGUUAGAAAACUACGCAGAAAUAGUGCGUUGACUUCAACCACAAUCAUUCCCAUUAAGAAGUGAACCGAUAAAUCGUAGCGAAAUGCACACUAUUUAGAAGUACAACUCUGUACCCAGCAAACGCUUAAUCCGACAAGUGUUCAAUAUCGUUGACCGUUAAACCAUUUUCGAAAUCUAUCACCAGAAUAAAGUGUGUUCACAGAAAGUGCCUAAGAUACCUAUCAACAUCGACGCCCAUUAAUGUUUAAAUAAAAAGAGAGAGAGUGAAGUGAAAGAAAUCUCCUCAAUCAUGUAUCCAACCAUCAGAUUUGGCAGAGAAUUGCGAAUAUUUCUACUGCAGGUGCAAGUAACUCUCGCCCUAAUUGGAUUACCGACAACCUUUGGUUACCUGGAAGAACGGCCACCCGUCUAUCUGGAGGCAAAAGUCGGCUCUUACGUUAUCCUGAACUGCCCGGUGGAUUUUCCAAAGAACGAUCCGAUCCCAUACGUGCUACACUGGAACAAAGAUGAUCGCCCGGUAUUUACUCUGUAUGAUGGAAUUUUAAACACAUAUGAAACAUUCAUCGGUCGAGUAACGCUUCUCAACAACGACCUUGUGUAUGGCAGAGCAUCGCUUAAUUUGACCUCGAUCCGUGAAAGCGAUAAUGGCUGGUACGAGUGUAAGGUUAUUUUCCCAAAUCGGGUACCAAACAAGCGGAAUAACGGAACGUGGUUUCACAUUUCCGUGCUGGGCGGAACCCUACUGAAGAUACCCCCCGUCAAUCAGACGGUACUGGAGGGCGAUCCCGCGUUUUUCCAUUGCCUAGCUCAGAACCCCGAAACAAUGUUCAUCGAGUGGUACAAGGACAAUGUUCCACUUCUGGAUUUGUACGAUCUUCUGCACCGAUCCACCUUUGGCCCAGAUGGAAGCCUAACAAUUAACCCGACCCAAAUGAGUGACCUAGGAUUCUUCAAGUGUCAAGUGCGAAAUACGAUGAACGACACCCAAGAUGCGAACGCAUUUCUCAACGUGCAAUAUAAAGCCAAGGUCAUCUACGCUCCAAAAGAGGUUUAUUUACCGUUUGGAGAACCUGCUGUGCUAGACUGUCACUUCCGUUCGAAUCCCCCGUUAACAAAUCUACGAUGGGAGAAGGAUGGUUUCUUAUUCGAUCCAUACAACGUGCAGGUAAGCAACGACAGUCCGUGGAACUUUUUCAGAUCGAAGAAAACUGCUUUUCAGGGGGUAUUCUAUAAACGAAACGGAAGCAUUUACUUCGAAAAAGUUGAUGACACACACGCAGGUCGUUAUUCGUGCACUCCUUACAACGACCUCGGUACGGAGGGGCCGUCGCCGAUCAUCAACGUGAUCGUGCAGAAACCGCCCAUUCUAACACUGAAACCGAAGUUACUUUACGUGACCAAAAUUGGUGGCACAGUUGAGAUGCAUUGUGAUGCGAGGGAUCGUGAUGGGAUGCACACACCACCGAUUGCAUGGAUCAAGAAAGACGGAAGCUUGUUACCCCACGGUCGUUACCAACAGAAUGGGGGAAACCUAACGAUAGAGGAUAUUGUAGAAUCGGAUCGUGGCAUCUAUGCAUGUCAGGCGACGAAUGAAGCUGCCACUGUAUCAGCUGAUGCGGAAAUAAUGAUCGAAAAUGUCUCUCCUAGGGCUCCCUACAAUCUAACAGGCAACAGCUCCGAUACGGCCAUCACGCUUCGAUGGGCUCCGGGUUACAUCCGUCAGUAUCUUGAGUACAUCAUCUGGUACCGUUUAGCUGAGGCUCCAGAAUGGCGAACCUUCAAGGUCAGCAACAAGCACGUGUUGGAGGCUACGAUCACCAAUCUACAACCCGCAAAAGAGUACGAAUUUAUGGUGUUGUGCCAGGACAACUAUGGGGAUGGGAUGUUUAGCAAGUCAUUCAGAUAUUUUACAAAGCCUAAAGAAUUCGAGCAACCGGAAACCUUCCAGGAUACACUUUUGCAGUUUAAUCAGAUCGGCUCUCCGAUCAAUUUAACGAUCGAAAAGCGCAGCAAUAAUUACGAAGCACGUUGGCAACCGCCGGAAUUGGGGCUGGAUCAGCUACGUUACUAUAUCCUCCGAUGGUGGGUCGAACCUCAGCACAAACUGCAUGGAAGUGUGUCUACCCCCGAUGUCAGCUAUAUCCUUGAUGAUCUGGACGAAGACGAAUUAUACACAUUCCAGGUGUUUGCCGUAUCCACCACCAAUUAUACCAGCGGAAGUAACGAAGUGGAGAUUUACAUGUACCCGUACCAAAGGGUAAAGGUAAUCACUGUCAGCGGAGUGCUGAUCCUGCUUGUAUGCCUUGGAGUGAUAAGCACUCUGCUGUACAUGAAGCGCAAUCGGAUCAAAAAAUUGCGCGAAGCAGAAAACGUGAAAAUUUGAGUGUUUGCUACGCUUGCUCGUAAAGAUUACGCCAAAGAAAUCUGCUGUUCAUUAAACUCUAGAGCUAAAGUGUCUGAUUAUUAGAUUAAGUCAGUUUUAAGUAGUGCCUCGUUAGAAGGUACACAAUUUCAAAACGGUAAAAUAAAGUUACUCGAGAAAGUAGGUGCGUCAUCGCUUGGAACAUUA